GGGUUGCCCUUUCCAGCAUCAUGUCACUGCUUCUCCUUCAGAUGUUAGUGCUCUCAUGUCUUGGAGCCACAGAGCUACAGAGAAAUUCACAGCGAAGGAAAAGCAGAGGGCCAUUUCAGCACUUUCUCUACCUGAACAAAAAUCUGUUUGGAAGUCAAAGUUCUCCUGAGCGGAUAAGUGAGAACCCAGUAGGAACUGAAGAGACCCUGAAAGUACCAAGCUUUUUUGUAUCGAUUCCACAAACAGCAUCUGGAAGUGAGAAGAAAGAGGAGAAAAAAAUGUCCAGAUUCAUACUUCCCAGUGCAGGACUCCAUGCAGACCAUAACCCAAGAACCUGGGUUGCAUCCAGAGAGACCUCUCCUGUGGAAAACCUCUCUCCACCCCACUAUUCCAGCAACAGAGAGUCUGAAGUCCGUUACAGAAAGGACGCCAAGAAAUUCUGGGACCAUUUCAUGUUAAAGAAAAAUUCAGCAUCUGAAGAGGUUGUCCUGCCAAUCAAGACCAAUGAAAUGCACCAAGAAAACUGCAGAACCCUGCCUUUUGCCCAGGGUGUUACUCAUAACAGCUGUGAGAAGGUGACAGUGCAGAAUAAUCUGUGUUUUGGAAAAUGUAGUUCUUUUCAUGUUCCUGGUUCAGAAGAUCAUCUUUAUACCUUUUGUUCUCGUUGCCUGCCCAGCAAGUUCUCCAUGAAGCGCCUGGAUCUCAACUGCACUGAUUCUGUUCCAGUGGUCAAAGAAAUCAUGAUUGUAGAAGAGUGUAAAUGUGAAAGUCGGAAGAUUAAAGACCCUGUGACUGGAUCUCUACUGUCAGACUUGCAUGAAAAUGUACAUGAGCACAAUUAACUUGGCGCAAAGUACCUCUUAACUUGAUCAUAAGAAUUUGCCAAUGAAAAAAUUCAAACAAGCUGUCAUCACUCUAGUACAAUAAAAACAUUAAAAAUGUAGACUUUCUACAUGAUCUCUGUUUCAACAAUAACUUCACCUAAAGUGUAACAAAUGUUUCCUUGCAGCUGUUAAGGAAAAUGAGGUGAAAUCACUGAGCUUAUGUGGAAAGGUCUUUAACAAGGGAAAACUUUAAAAAUUUUCCACCCUUCCUAUCAUUGUUUCUAGGAUGCUAGUAAACACUGAAUUAACGUGAUUUAUCUGUGCAAAACCCGAAUGUUGACUUGUUUUCCUUGUCUUUGCUUGUGAGAAGUACCAAUAUAGCUCUACUGGCAACAAAGAUGAGAUUUUAGUCUGUUCCCUACAACAACAGGUCUACUUUUACAGCAAGACAAUGGCUGGAGAGUAUAAAACAUAAAUGGACAUGAGGUACAUAGAAAGAUGUGACUAGUUAAUGCCAUACUGAUUGAUCUCAGUUGGGGUUCAGUACUCAUUGAAAACUAAUAUACCACACAAUUUACACCAAUAGAUAAUGGCAAGGGGUAUUUUGCCAUAGAAACCACUUGCUCUCUUUUCAACAUGCCUGCAUUUGCUCUAUACCUUUAUUUUUACUUUAAGUGUUCAACUGCAGAAGGAGAAAAAAAAAAAGCCACACUCCUACAGAAAACAUCACAGAUAAAUACAUGAUUGUUAUUAUUUAAAUUCACUGUGGAAAGACAAUGCACAUUUUCCAGUCUGAUGAAUUUUUACAUUGUCACUGAAUGUAAGAUAAAAUUUAAAUAAUGUUCUCAACUCUUAAACUAAAGCAGAAAAGACAAUUAUGUGACAGAAAAUCUGAGAAGGGCUUUAUCAUUACAGCAAUACCUUAACAACUUUACAGGAAGAGCUGAGAGAGCCCUGCUAGGAAGCAUUGGAGUCUACUGCUAGGCAACACAGCACUAGUGACUAUUAGCUGAACUGCUGGCUUUCCGGCUCUCUCCAGCUGCUUCUUCCUGGAUUUCUCUUGCAGACCUGGCACACCAGACAGAGAUCAGCUUCCAGGAGAUGAGUUCAGCAUAUUUCUAUGCCAGUUUUUUCAGUCCUCUGGAAAUCUGCUCUCAGAUCUGGGCCACUGUUGUUAAACUGUCCAAGCUCUUUUUUAGGGUAUUGGAAAUCACUAUUGACUUAGCUUAUUCAAGAUCAAAU